AUGCUAGCUAAUUCAGUCGCUCUGGGUUUCUUCUGCACAAGUUUUUUCUGGUUGCUGGUUCGUCCCGAGGAUCUCUGGAGGCAGCAGCAGCAGCAGGUCGAGGUGGACAACUCUAGGGACUGUCCUUGGCGAUGCAUGAGCUUUGUCCAGAUGUGGCCCGGAACGUUCUGCAUAGCUCUGGGAAAGAAGUUUGAGUGCGUCAUGCCGAAAGACGCACACAACUGGACCAUUCAUGGAUUAUGGCCCAGCAACGUUAUGGACUGCUGCCCAUAUAGGUACCUCUUCCCUUCCGACCUGGUGGACUUGACGUCUGAACUGAACAAGCAUUGGCCGUCCUUCAUCAACUUGAGCAACUUCCAGUUCUGGGAGAAAGAGUGGCAGAAACACGGGAGCUGUGCCGGCUGCAUGGAAGCCCUGAGUUCUCCCAGCAAAUACUUCAGAGCCGCCCUCUUCCUGCGUACAAAAUACAACAUCGACAGAGCCUUUCAAAGAGCUGCCGUCAUCCCAACUUGUAUCCAGAGCUACCAGCUCAGCACCUUAGUGACCGUGUUGCAGCCCGUCCUGGGAGACCAAUACGAACUCCAGUGUGUGACUGAUGUCCAGGGGCGUCAAAUCUUGGUGCAAAUCAAGGUCUCCCUCCACAGCAAUUUCUCCUCCAGCUGCAUCGCAGACUCCUACUCCAGCAUCUCCCCUUACAAGCCCUGCAGGAGCGAGAGGAGGGUUUUCUAUUUCCCCGCCAGCCAGAAGUAUCCACGCAACCCCUGCCCCUGACUCCAGGCAGGCAGAGG